AUGGCGUUUGACUUUGAUGACAUGGAGGCCGAGGCGGAGGCGCGCCUGGCGGAGGGCGACGACUCGGCGCGGCUGCUGCUGGGGGCGCCGGAUCCGCCGGCGCCGUGGCGCGGCGGGACCUUGCCGCCCAUGCGGAACCUGUCCAACGACGCCACGAGACACGUGCCGGCGCGGCAAGAUCUUCACAAGUACCUGCAGCCGCUGAAGCUGGAGAUCACGGAGACCUUCAACACCCGGGUGAGGCUCUUUGUGUUCUACGGUGCAGGUGACAGUGCUGCUGCCUGGGUGCAACUCGUGAACCAGGUCCCUGCCUGGAUUGACCUGGCCAUCUUCGAGCGGCGAGGACACGGCCAGCGAUCCUCAGAGCCCUUUUCCGAGCGCUUGGUGGAUGAUGCCAAGGAUGCCUUUGAGGCACUGAAGCACAUCCUGGAGGACCACGCCAAGGGCGGCAGCUUUGAAGGAGCUCCCUUCGCGCUGCUGGGCCAUUCCAUGGGUUGCCAGGUGAUGAUCGAGGUGGCGCUGCUGCUGAAGCAGACGUUGGGCCUGGAACCUGCGGCGCUCUUUGCAUUGGACCGGGGGGCCCCCCACGUGGCGCUCUACAGCGCGGAGGGCUACCGGCUGCUUCUGGAACGCCCGGAGGAGUUCUUCCAAGGCUUCAACCCACUGGUGUACAAGCUGAUGCAGCGACCAGAUGCGAAAGAGAAUAAAGAUACCCAGCGGAUGAUCAACAUGUGGAAGACCGACUGUCGUCUGAGCCAAGAGCACCUUUGGCCAGAAGGUCAUCAUAUCUUCCACUGCGACUUGCAUGUAGUGCGAGCGCAGAAGAACUUCUUGCUGGAUACCAAGAAGGACUUGACUGAGGAGCUGCAGCGGGUGCGGGAGAUCAACUGCCGCAUCACCAACUCGGGGCCUCGGUGCUCGGCACCUUGGAGCCCCGAGAGUUACGACGCCUGGGCGCAGUGGAGCACGGAGCCCUGCCAGGUGCACGACAUUGAUGCGGAGCACAUGGCUGUGAAGCUGCAUGCCCACACCGUCCGUCUUAUCACGGACGUGCUGCAGCGCAAGGCCUCGCCACACUCUGUGUGA